UGAAACAACACAUGUCGACUUUGUAGAGAUUUGACAGUUUGGACUAUGCACAUGCGCAUUGAUCUUUAUUGGCUUCAGCCAACUGAAGGUCAGAAACCACGCACACGUUCGAGUACACCCUUGCAUACUUGCGUCCACCAGCAUGACUUGACAAGAGCUGUUCUGCCAACUGUCCUUGCAGUUGAUAGACACUAAACCAGGGAGCAGACUUGAGGGGACAGGGACGUUGGGAGAGACUUGGCUCGUCUAUGACAAGCUAUAAUAUUUAGAUCAGGAUAGGUGGGCUUACUACAUCAUUGAUACUUAGAUAAGGAAUAAUGGGCUAACUAUAUGAUGUUAAAAACUGGAGAGGUAGACCUAUAAUUUGAUAUAAGAUGGGAAGAGUCUGCUUGUUAUAAUAACAUUGAUACUGGGGCAGUUAACGGUUGGCUUGCUAUAUAUAACCUUGCCUGAGAUGGGAGGAAAGUACAGCCGAGGGGAAGAGAGGAGGCCUUUGGGUUUUCCGGGCUUCUCUGUCCUGCGUUGGUGUCAGAAAAAGAGUAGGGAAGAGACGCCCUUGGGUUUCUGCGAUAAUAAGCCACGAAGAAGCAACCCGUGCUUUGGAAGGGAGGAUCCUGCUCAUUUAGACAUGGCAUACUUUCCUGACAAUGAUCUGCACAUGGCGGCCUGUGCAGGAGAUUUAUCUUUUGUGCGGCUGUACUUCACUCUGGGUAAAUACGAAGUCAAUUACAGAGACAAGGAGAACAGGAAUGCCAUGCACUUUGCUUGCUUUUAUGGACAUUUAGAACUGGUGAUAUAUCUCUGGAGACGUGGCUGUGAGAUUAAUGUGUGUGACAAUAAUAACAUCACACCCCUCAUGAAGGCUAUCCAAAGCUGGGAAGACAAAAUCGUGUGUUUUCUGCUAGAGCACCAUGCUAACCUGCACAUUAAAGACAGCAGGGGUAACACCGCUCUGCAUUAUGCCGUCUAUGGCGGGAAUUCAGCAACAGCUGCCAAGCUGCUACAGUACGGAGCAGAUAUUGAGGAAAGGACAAAAGAUAACCUCACACCACUCUUGCUUGCUCUCAGGGAGAACAGACUGAAGAUGGCACAAUUCUUAGUAAAGAUGGAAGCAAGUGUGCAUGCAGUUGACUCACAUAGGAGAAAUUCUCUCAUGUAUGCUGUAAGAUGCGACUCGCCAGUUAUGGUCAACCUUAUUCUUCAACAAGGUGUCGACAUAAAUUUGAAAGAUUUAUUUGGUUGGACUGCUUUACGUUAUGCUAUUGAAGGUGAUCGUGAUGUGAGGACAAUACUUUUGGAGUAUGAGUAUAACCUGAUACAAAGCUUAAGAGAGAGAAAUCAAGCAUUUCAGAGUUCUGAAAACUGUUCAAUCAGGUCUAUCAACCAAGCUGAUCCUGAAGUGACCGCACCUACAGAAAAUGAGAAAGUGAUUGAAACGCAAGACCCUCUUACAACCAAUGAAGCAAGUAUGGAGAAGAUACAAACCUACAGACCAGGUAAAUUUAGAAACACAAAAAGUCUGAAAAGAACUAUAGAAUAUUGA